CCGAACGCUUCCUCUCUUUGGGUCAAGAAUUCCAAAAACCCAAAAAAAAAAAAAGAGAAUUAAAGUGAGGGAGAAAGUGAAAGAAGAACAUAAGGAAAGAGAGAGAGAGAAAUUGCAAACGGAACCGUUUGGAUAAAGCUGAAGAGUUCACCGGAGAUGAAGCACAUUUUCAAGAAGCUUCAUAUAGGGAGCAACCACGACCCGGCGGCUCGAUCGAACGAGCCACCAACAACGUUGACGUCACCUUCACCGUCAUGCGACUCCGAUCACCGGCAGAGCGCCGGGAACCAUCCCCCGGCGAGUGCUUUUUCUUCUUCGUCGUCGUCGCCGGUGGGGACGGUACCGGCGAACGGAGGUGUAGGUGCCAAUUCGGAGUCGUCUGUGACGGCGACGACCGGGAAUCGGCCGGACUAUAUGUUGUCGGAGGAGGAGUUUCAGGUGCAGCUUGCGCUGGCGAUCAGUGCUUCGAAUUCGGAUGAUCCGGAGAAGGAUCAGAUCCGUACGGCGACGAUGCUGAGCUUGGGCGGCGGCCGUCGUGGUGGUGAUCAGACGGGGGAUGAGGUGGAUGCGGCCGCCGCGGAGACCUUGUCCAGGCACUAUUGGGAAUACAACGUGCUAGACUACGACGAAAAAGUGGUUGAUGGGUUUUAUGAUGUAUAUGGACUUUCCACGGAUUCUGCAGUACAAGGAAAAAUGCCUUCUCUCGCAAAUCUUGAAACAAACCUUGGGAGAUCUGGAUUUGAAGUUUCAUUAGUAAAUCGAACACUUGAUCCUACCUUGGAAGAGUUGGUGCAAAUUGCACAGUGUAUUGCCGUAGACUGCCCCAUCACCAAUGUUGGAAUUUUGGUACAGAGGCUUGCUGAACUCGUUAGCGGACAUAUGGGCGGGCCUGUAAAGGAUGCUAAUAUCAUCUUGGCGAGGUGGAUGGAAAGAAGUUCAGAGUUGAGGGCAUCUUCACAAACAAUUGUACUACCUAUUGGGUCCAUAACCAUUGGCCUCUCCCGACAUCGUGCUUUACUUUUCAAGGUAUUAGCUGACAGUAUCAAGAUGCCUUGCAGACUGCUUAAGGGUGUGCACUACACAGGUGUCGAGGAUGGUGCUAUUAAUGUAGUAAAGUUGGAGGAUGACAGGGAGUUUAUGGUGGAUCUUAUGGCGGAUCCUGGAACACUCAUACCAGCUGACAAUCCAAGUGCAAAGGACACUACCUUCAAGCCAAUCAAUCCGAAAUCGAACAGAAUCCCAACUUUCCCUUCUUUGAUUGAUUCUGAAAUUGUGUACUCAGGACCAAAGCCAUUACAUGGAGAGGGAAGCAGCCAAAGCUUGCAAACUUCUGAGAAAGCAGAAUCAUUCUGGGGUGAAAUUGGCGGCAGAGGAGUUGGUUCUUCUGGAGUCCCCAAGAGAGGAACUCAAUUAGAUCAUCUUCCCUUGUCAGCUUUCGAAAAUUCACGGUACAGAGGGAACCGUGGGGCACCUGCAGUUGAUGGUGUGAGGAUGAAUCAAAAUGUAGUUCCAUAUGCUCAAAAUAACUCGGAGGACUCUAACAGUCUUUUUGCAGAUCUUAACCCAUUCCAAGUAAAAGGAACUGGGAAAGCUCCUAUAUAUAACAAACCUUUGGAGAAUAAGGCCGAUGAGCUUCAGAGACCAAGAAAUAAUCUUGCCUCGUACACAAAAAAUGUUCGUGCACACAAUGAAGUCCCGAAAAAGAAGGAGUAUGAUUAUUUGGAUGGAAUUAUCCCAAGAGUUAAUCGAGAACCCAAUGGUUAUAAUCCGUCAUCUUCAGCUUCCACCAGCUCCACCAAAUCUGAACAGAUCAAUACUGGUGGUUUCAAAUCUACUGCACAUCCAAAUAUGUCUGAGUAUUUACAAAGUGGCUCUGUAGAACGUGAGAAUAAUGUAAAUGGCUUCCAUGAUCGAAGAAAGUUCACUCAUGAAAGAUUCAUGGAGACCAAUUCCAAACUGAAGGAUCCAGAAAGUUGCAACUCAUCCUUUGAUUCCAUAACAAGUAGGGUUGAGCAAGUAUUUGAGGAUGUUGAUGUAAGUGAGAGUGAAAUUCCGUGGGAAGACCUGCUUAUUGGAGAAAGAAUUGGACUGGGUUCAUAUGGAGAGGUGUACCAUGCUGAAUGGAAUGGCACGGAAGUUGCUGUGAAGAAGUUCCUAGACCAGGAUUUCUCGGGUGCUGCUUUGGCUGAGUUCAAAAGAGAAGUACGGAUAAUGCGUAGGCUGCGGCAUCCGAAUGUUGUGCUUUUUAUGGGUGCUAUUACACGUCCUCCUAACCUCUCUAUCAUUACAGAGUUCCUUCCAAGGGGAAGUCUAUAUCGGAUUAUCCAUCGUCCUCAUUGUCAAAUUGAAGAGAGACGAAGAUUAAAGAUGGCUCUUGAUGUGGCAAGGGGUAUGAAUUGCUUGCAUUCGAGCAACCCCACUAUUGUUCACCGGGAUUUGAAAUCUCCAAAUCUAUUGGUUGAUAAGAACUGGAAUGUGAAGGUAGGUGAUUUUGGACUGUCGCGCUUGAAACAUAACACUUUCUUGUCCUCCAAAUCAACUGCUGGAACGCCUGAGUGGAUGGCACCAGAAGUUUUGCGCAAUGAAAACUCAAAUGAAAAGUGUGAUGUAUAUAGCUUUGGAGUAAUUUUGUGGGAACUUGCUACUCUAAGAUUGCCUUGGAGUGGGAUGAACCCGAUGCAAGUUGUGGGUGCGGUGGGUUUCCAGAAUCGCCGCCUUGACAUCCCUAAAGAAGUUGAUCCCCCUGUUGCAAGGAUAAUUUGGCAAUGCUGGCAGACUGAGCCAAACUUGCGCCCCUCAUUUUCAGAGCUCACGGUAGCUCUCAAGCCCCUGCAACGACUUGUCACUCCACCAAAUAUGGACCAGCCCAGCUCACCUCUACGACAAGGGAUCUCAGUAAAUUCUAUACCAUGAAAAGCCUCGUUCUCUCAACUGUGAAUAAGGAGACAUUCUGCUUGUUUGCUUUGGAGUUAGGGUAGGAUAGAGUGAAUGGAGAAAAGCAUGUACAACAAUUGUAGUAUUUGUUAAUGCAUGACCUGCUACUGUUGCCCAAAGACUGCAGCAGUCCUUUUGUACAGUGUCCAUAAAAAUAGUUUGUUCCCCUUUUCUUUGUAACUAUUGUGUUAAUAGCUCCAAGAUAAAGCGAAAACUUACUUUAGGUUACUAUAAAAAUCAUUGAAGUAAUAUAUGAUUAUGAAUACAGAUUUCUAGUUAA